AAAAGAAUCAUGAGGCAAUGAAACAUAGAACGGAGAGCUCAUCAUUCAUGUUACCGUGCUCUUCGCAUAGAUUUAAAAAUCAUCCAACAUUAACUUCAACCAAAAUAGACGUCUCGUCGCAACAACACAGCCCGGCGUCCAAUAGCUCUUCGACAAAGUCGGAGGAUAGUGGCUUGGAUGAUGGACCAAAGAAAUCCGUUACAUCUGCCAAACCAAUCUCUCGCAAAUCUUCGCGAAUGUCGCAAUCGUCUGGGGUUUCACUACCUCCUGUGCUCGAACAACUAGAGCACAUGAUAAUUUCUGACGACUGGUUGGGCAGCGAGUCAACCUCCCCAUCAGGACUAAAGCAGCAUGCGCAAGUGGCAAAAACCAGGUCGAGAGAGGGACAGAAGCUUUCUGAAUUGGGAAGAACUUUGGUCACUUCGGCGUCACUCAAGUCUUAUAUUGAUCUUUUGAGUAGCCACCAUAGACAGAGCAUUGCAUCGUGGCUCUAUGGAAAUGUUAACCAUGUUUUUAGUAACUUGUUUAGAUUUGCGGACUCUCAGAUAUACUGCUCAGACCCGGAAGCAACAAUUUCUCUGUCAAUUAGAAAUGGAAUUGGACAUGCUGUCAAACUUGCUCUCAAGUCCUCUUAUGGAACCGAUCAUUCUACAAAAGGAUGGAGAGCAUUUGCUGAGCAGGGUGCACCAGUUGUUUAUGUAUCGCCAGCUCUUCAUAUGGAUCUCUCAUCAUAUUUGGCUUCAGAGUUUGGAAUUGCUGAUGUCACUAUUUUGCCGAAACUCGACUCUGAUCGGGGUGAAAUUGAAGGAAGAAUUGAUCAUCAUCAAUUCGAGAAAAUUCUUGACGAGGAUUUGGCUGCUGGAAAGAAGCCACUUAUUCUGAUUGGAGUUGUCGGAACAACCAUAAUGGGACAAAAUGACAUGAUUUCCAAAAUUUUAGAGAUUCGUGAGAAGAAGGCUAAAUUCUGGCUUCAUAUCACUGGACAAGCCAUUGCUGCUUUGACAUUCCGUGAACCAAACAAUAUUCUAGUUCAUGUACUAUCCCAAGUAGAUAGUAUGACGGUCCCUAUUGCUCUUUGGCUUGGCAUCCCAUCUGCACCAGUUGUAACCCUACACAGGCCAGUGGAAGGAUACAAAGCAUCGUACCGUGAGAAACUUGACACUCUUCCAUGGUGGGUCGCUUCCUCAUACCUCUCUGGAAAGAAGAUUGUUGACAUGAUCGAAAACGCAUUCUUAUUGAGCAAAGUGAUGUUGAAGGGACUUUCAGCAAUUCCGGAAGUUGAGAUGAUAGGUGUUGACAAUCCAGUGGAGUUGGCAAACCGUGUAUACAAAAACAAAUUCACUCCUCCGACUGUGCUCAUUUUCAAGUACAAUUAUGUUAGCAUCAAAAAUGCAAUUCAGCAUCAUAAAGAUUUGAUCCAGAAUAAUGACGAUCAUGAUGCUAUCGCAAUUGCUGAAAAGACACUCCAAGACGAAUUAGAAUACGGAGACUAUCUUAACGCAUGGCUCCGUGAUGGACUUCUCCCUGAAUCUCUUCCACUUGGUAUUGAUACGAUUGAGCUCGGAGGAAACUAUGGAAUUGCUUUCCGUUUUUGCCCAUUGGAGCACGCAGCAACAUAUUCGUCCCACAUUGAUCAUGUUCAAAGAUUUGUCCGCAAACUUACUGACAUUAUGAGAAUUGUCGAGUCGACAGUUGUUUCCAAACUAAAGUUCUCAGAGCUGAAAGAUGAUUUCCCAUCUCUUGUUCUUCUUCCAAUCCGUAACUGGGCAGGAAUUGGGGCUGUUUGUUACAUUCCUUCAAUCGUGAAAGAAACUAAUCCAGAAGACUGGAAUGACAUCCAGAAACAACAAAUCUCGCAUCUUAACUUGGAGCUCGUGCAUCAAUUGAAAAGCGUCGACGCAGCUUUCUCUUCCGGAGACUGCACUCGUUAUGGCGUCUCUUGUGUCAAGUUUGGCAUGCUUUCUGACGUGAAAGAUUUGCAUAACUUGGUCGAAAUGGUGGCUCAAAAGGGAAAAGAGAUUGAAAACAGCCAACAGUAUUUGGACAGCCUCGCGCAUUUGAUAAGACAAGGAAUCGAGGCCGCAAAUGAGGCACUGAGAAAGGAAAAUGAUCAGAGACUUCAAAAUGAGGGAAUGAUGAGACAGUUGCCAAUAAUGGGUUCUUUGGUUAAUUGGUGGUCUCCAUUGACUCCAGAAUCACAAAAUAUCAGAGGAAGAGCUUUCAAUCUGAAGACAGGAGAAAUGCAAGAAACUGAUGUACUUUUCAAAUCAAAGAAAAACAUGGACGCCACUCCACCAAUCACAAAAAAUGAAACUCCACAAAUUCCACACGAGCCCUUUGCCACAAAAAUUGAUGAAGAACCAACAUCCGAAUCUGAAACCGCGGUGACAGAAGAAGCUGUUAGCUCUGCUGAAGAAGCAAAACCUGUGGAAUCAUCUUAAUUAUGAAAAUAGAAAGUUCCUAAUCCAUCUGUAAAACGUUUUAUACUGGUAAUUUUGUGAUUCCUUGCAUUGCAUUGACUAAUUGAAUUGAAUUCGAUAACUGCAUUUUUCACGCCUGUUCUUGUGACUUUUCCCGUAGAUAUCUCUUGAAAGCGACUUUAAAAGUUGGGUUUUUAUUGGUUUCCAUUGUUUUUCAAUUGUUUUUUUUUUUCAAAUACUUUAGAGCGAAUCUAUUGAUUCAAAAGUUGUGACCGACUAACUGUUCGAAUUUUUAUAUACACUUUGGUUAUACUUUCCUCGUGCGUCUUUUCGUUUUCUGACAGUAUUCCGUGUUCAGUUUUCGCUUUCUGUGUUUUCUUCCCACAUAGUUUUUUGACUGGUUAGCCCCCUACUGCUCGUCUCGGUUAAGCCUAUUUUCCUCAACCUUUGAAAAUGUAUGCAACGUUUCAAUUAUUAGGGGUUUUGAAUUAAUAUACAUAAUUUAUUAUUGUGCAAUACAAAAUGACUGUUUGUUUAUAUUAAUAAAAUUGAUUGGGAUAAA